GCAGAUACUGAAAUGACAAACAUGGAAGAGGGAUUGUUAUUACCAAAAGGCAAAGAUCAACUAGAGCAGGGAAAAGGGUCAGGCAGUACUAGUAUUCCAACAUGGUUUUCGUUCUUCGAAGAAGUGAAGAAGCUGGGAUGCAUAGCAGGACCUAUGGUUGCUGUGAUUCUAUCCCAGUACUUGUUGCAGAUCGUUUCCAUGAUGAUGGUUGGUCACCUCGGUGAGGUAGCUCUCUCUAGCACCGCCAUAGCCAUCUCCCUGGCCGGUGUCACCGGCUUUAGUCUUUUUUUAGGAAUGGCCAGUGCACUUGAAACUUUAUGUGGGCAAGCUUAUGGAGCUAAGCAGUAUCAGAAACUUGGACUUCAAACUUACACUGCUAUAUUUUCUCUCAACUUAGUUUGUCUUCCUAUAUCUUUCAUAUGGUUCUAUGUGGAGGACUUACUGAUCUUCAUGGGCCAAGACCCUGCAAUUUCGCACGAAGCUGGCAAAUUUACAAUCUGGCUUAUUCCUGCUCUAUUUGCUUAUGCAACUCUUCAACCUCUCAUUAGAUAUUUUCAGACACAGAGUUUAGUAAUUCCUAUGUUCAUAAGCUCUUGCGCUACCCUUUUGUUCCACAUUCCUCUCUGUUGGGUUCUAGUAUUCAAGUCUGGCCUUGGUAACUUGGGAGGAGCAUUGGCAAUCAGCAUUUCGUAUUGGGUGAAUGCGAUUAUACUUGGAGCAUACAUGAAGUUUUCUUCUGCAUGCUCAAAAACUAGAGCUCCCAUUUCUAUGGAGGUAUUCCGAGGAACUGGAGAGUUCUUUAGCUUCGCAGUCCCUUCUGCAGUAAUGAUAUGCCUUGAGUGGUGGUCAUAUGAGCUGCUUGUCUUACUGUCUGGACUUUUACCUAAUCCUGCUCUUGAAACUUCAGUGUUGUCUGUAUGUCUGCAGACCAUUUCAACACUCUAUGCAAUACCGUAUGGAUUUGGUGCAGCAGCAAGCACUAGAGUUUCAAAUGAACUAGGAGCUGGCAACCCUGAAGGUGCUCGAAUAGCUACUUGCGCUGCCAUGUUUCUUGCUGUCACAGAGACAACUAUAGUGACCACAACCCUCUUUUGCUGCCGGCAUGUGUUUGGUUACCUCUUUAGCAACGAGGAAGAAGUCAUUGAUUAUGUCAGAACCAUGGCUCCUCUAGCCUGCCUGUCUGUUUUAUUAGACAGCUUGCAAGGGGUCCUUUCAGGUGUUGCUAGAGGCUGUGGGUGGCAGCACAUUGGGGCUUAUAUAAACCUUGGAGCAUUUUAUCUAUGUGGGAUUCCAGUUGCUGCUACAUUGGCUUUCUUGGUACAACUAAGAGGAAGGGGCCUCUGGAUUGGUAUACAAGUUGGUGCUUUUGUGCAAACCACUCUGCUUGCUUUUGUAACAACUUGUACAAACUGGGAAACACAGGCUAGUAAGGCAAGGGAGAGAAUAUUCGAGGGCAGCUCUCCGGUCAAUAAUGGAUUGUGCCACUAAGCAGAGAUCAGUGAAUUUCCAAUGAGCUUAAUAUAUGUAUCUAUACUUUUAGGCAAUGAAAUUGUGGUAAUAACUCAUAAAAAUCUGAUUGUCAUGAACAGAACCGAAACCAUGCGGAUAGGUUUGAAUCUGAUUGACAUGAACAGGCAUUGCAGAUAGGCUAUCUGCAAUUGAUAAAGAUGCUCCGAUUGGCAAUACCGCACCCAAAUGUCAUAUCAGAAUGUACUACUAGUUUAUUGAAAAUUAUCUGGAAAGAAGUAUUAUAGCAUAGAAGAUCUUCUUUUGUAUUCUCUCUUGUCAUUUACACAAAUGGAGAUUUAUCAGAUACAAGAGUUAAGGUUUAUCUAG